AUGCCGCGCUCACGAGUGAUGUCGUUUAUGUCCCAAUUUGGGACCCCUCCACGGUCACCAACUUCUAGCACUCCAGUAACGACUUCACAAGCAGAACCCGCUCCUUCAAUGCAGCAGACAUCUUCUGCCCCUGUACUUGAUUCGCCUACGCCGAUUAGAACACGGACAGACCGGACUCCGUCUCGUCCAGUGUCUAUGGUGCAGACAUAUCAGCCUCCGUUGAUGGAGGUAGCACAGGAUACCCUUCCGGAACUACAGCCAAUUUUUACCUUUUUAAACAGCCAUUCAAACAAGCUUUAUCAAGAGGGUUACUUUCUCAAGUACCAAGAUCUUGAGACCCAUGGCAAAGCAGCUUCACCGCUAGAGCGUAGGUGGAAAGAAGUCUUUGCUCAGCUCGUCGGUCCUAUUCUUUCAUUGUGGGAUGCUGCAGCACUUGAUGCGGCGGGUCAAGAUGGGGAAGUGGUGCCAUCUUUUAUCAACCUUUCUGAUGCCUCCAUCAAGAUGCUCAAUAAACUUCCGCUUGAAAAUGGUUCUUUGGAAAAUGUCCUCAGCGUGUCAACUGCAGGGUCGAAUCGUUACCUUUUCCACUUUAGCUCCCUCCAUUCCCUGACCCAAUGGACAGCUGGCAUUCGUCUGGCAAUGUUUGAGCAUUCCACCCUUCAAGAGGCUUACACUGGAGCUCUUAUUGCAGGCAAAGGCAAAACACUCAAUAACAUUAGAUCAAUUAUGGAUCGUACAAGGUGGAAAACGGAAGACUGGGCACGUGUUCGUUUUGGGCCGGGAACGCCUUGGCGACGCUGCUGGUGCGUGAUUGAGCCGCCCGAUGAGAAACUCUACCAAAAGCAGCAAAAGUCUCUGAAGAAGCGGUCGGCCUAUGACCGUCCUCCGCCACCGCUGAAAGGCGAGAUCAAGUUUUAUGAUUCCAAAAAGACCAAGAAGGCUCGUCCAGUCGCGAUCGUCAAGGAUGCGUUCUCCGCGUACGCAAUCUAUCCUCAGUCGAAGCCUCUGAUUGACCAAUCCACUCUGGUCAAGGUUGAAGGCACCAUCAUCAUCAACUCCGAGCCCGCAUCCACGCGGGAGGGUUUUGUGUUUGUCAUGCCAGAAUUGCACCCCGCUGUGAGCGGUUUUGAAAUGAUGCUUCGCUGGCUUUUCCCCGUCUUUGACACGUUUGGUCUCUAUGGGCGCCCAACGAGAUUGAUUGCCGACACGCUCGAUCAGCGCUGUCUCAUGUUUGCCAUGCCCAAAGAAAGGCGUUACGGCUAUCUUGAGCUUUUGGACGUGGCUGGCCUCAUCCACACUGAAGGUAGCGGCACGUGGACCGAACGCGAAUGGCGGAAGAAGAUGAAGGAAACAACUGCCAAGCGAAUUACCACUUUGCAAUCCUCUGGUGGCAGGUUGAGUGGCAGCGUGCGUCGCCACGGUACGCGAGCCAGCUUGCCAUCUCGCACCGGGCUCGGAUCUCUGCGAUUUGACGACGGCGCUUCGACACGAUCUUCUUAUUCUGGAAAGAAUCAUUAUACUGCCGCGGUUGAUGAAUUGGCGUAUUCGGGACCCCAACGGGUCGACUCGGCCCCGCCUGCGGUGAAUGGUUCAGCUCCCGCUCGGCACCAGCGCUCCGUGUCUGAGGCUCAGGGCUACAAGCGCUUUCUAAAUGAGACACCUUCUCGUCUCUCGUACGAGUCGGCGCCUCGCAUGUCUCUUGAUGCCACACCACCUCCAGUACCGCCCCACGGAACCCCCAUCACUGCUGGAUAUGGAUCCGCCAAUAUCGUUGAUGAGAGAUCGGAAUUGGCAUAUGAAGCUGGCGAGAAGAGUGAUUCCGACAGCGAUGGGCAGCUACCUGCUCCAGCUCAGCCGGAUCUCUACGGCUCCCCUCCCACGGCCCUGCCUGAGUCUAUAAGCACCCCACCUGCGUUUUCCCAUGGACCGAGUGAGAAGCCUGCCAACAAGCCGAGCCAGGAUCCCGAGUUGAGAAAGGCCAAACACCGGAUGUCAUCGACAACCCUUUCCCAAAUAGCUGGCGUCAACAAGAUGGCUUCGUCCGGAGCUGCCAGUGCAUGGAGAGCCAGUCCUGAUGGAAUCAAGUCCGCUGGACCCAAACAGCAACGACCUUUGGGAGACGAAGAACAAAAGCCGGUAUUUACGAACGCGGAUCCGAGCUUCCCUGGAACGAAUGCUAACAAUUAUGGUGUUAAAGGGAGUAUGAAGUGGGCGGAGGGGCAGGCGAUUGGUGCUCAUUCCAAUGCGGCUCAUUCCGCUUUUCCCAACAUUCCUCCGAACAGGGUCCAAUCAACGUCAUCCACCGCUACACUCGGCCCCUCACAACAAAACCUGCCGGGAUCCCCAAAGGCUUCUGAAUGGACCAAUGCAUCAGAAAAUAUCGCGAUACAAUCUAACACCUUUCCUAUGGCCGCUUCUUUGGUUCAGAACCCUCAAGAUCUUCCAGUGUCGUCUAUUAGCGAAAACUCGUCUCAAGACAUCCAUGGAACCAAUGUGCGCGCGGGCAAUUCUGACGAGCUGAGGACGAGUGUUCAAUCUUACCCGACACAAGCCGCGUCUGAAAUCACUCGGAAGCCGGUGCCAACUCGUUCGCAGACUGUCCUGAGUGCCCACUCCGAUAAUGCGGAUAGGGCGUCUAGCCUAGGGAGCCUGCAGGAACAUAUCUUUGAUCAGGCUGCACUUGACCGACUCUUGGCUGGUCCACGGACACCGACACCUGAUCAGGACACCACCCACCGGCCGUCAGAUGCCAGUAGUGCUUAUGAAAAUGAUUCCAAUCUUUCGCCCGACUACGCCAGUACUCGUGAAUCUGUUGAAGCCAGUCCCGAAGUCGAAAGACCUAGAACUGGGGUACUGCGCACAGUCGGGACCGCGGAGGUGAAGCCUAAGGAAUUGGUCGUCGGAGAUGUCCACUAUCGCGCCGAACCUUCAGCGCCGCCUGUCAGCGUUGACUUGCCCAAUAUCAACUUUGGGCCUACGCAUGCUUAUACUCCGGAGAUUGGGCAUCCCUCACAGGCAGAUGAGUCUGCAAUUUAUUCAAAUAAUGUCAUGUCUAAGAGUGCUGAGAAACUUGCCAGCGAUCUUGAUUUUGCCUUCGGCAAUGAAACAAAUACAGGAGAAGAUGCUCCAAACAAUCACCACGGAGGCAAUCUCGAUCAAAUGGCGCCGCCCACAAGUCAUUCCCGUUCGGCCAGUCGAGUGACAAUAAGCCAGGAAGCUCGACCUUCUCAAACACGCUCAUCGCGGGCGACCGGUGAUGGGCGGAGAAGCGUUGCUUGGAAACCUGCAAUGGCGCGGAUGAGCAGCACUGGUGAUGAGACGCGAAGGAGCUUGACACCGGAACAAUAUGUGCAACAACUCGCCAGUGCUGGUUCACAGCAACAGCCUCGUGCCGUACCCAUUUAUGCGCAUCGGCGGAGCCCUUCGAGUCAGAGCAAGACUCCUCCCCUUGCAAGGCUGCCAUCUGGGGACUGGUCAUCACAACAGCAACAGCGCUCCAGAACUCCAUCGGGGGACUGGACUCAGCAACCUUUUGGAUCUGGAGUUCGUGACGUUCCGCCCCGGCCGAAGUCGCAAGGUCCGUUGUUGCUGCUGGGAUCCCGAGGCGAAGGCGUUGGAUCUUCUGCCAACUAUUCUGCUCAUCUGUCUGCUCGCGAACAGGAACAUGUUGCUCGCAUGACGGGAACUCCUCUGAUCCAGGUCGACAGACGGACCAAGGAUAACGAAGCAGCUGAAAGUGGGCUUGUUGGUGCAAUUGGGGUACGUGAACGAGAGAAGCGGGAACUUAGACAAGGCCUGAGCGGUCAGAUGGUACAGCAAGCCAUUCAUCGUCAACAGCAAUAUCAAAAUCAAGUCAGAGCGUCUCAGUCUACACCUCAUCUUGGAAGCAUGAUGUCAAUGACACCCAAUUAUGGUCAGGCUCAGUCUCCCUAUGGAAUGCCGCAGCAAUUCUUUGCUGGGUCCCAGGCUCAAAUUCAACCAACGCCGCCAUAUCAUGCGGAUCCGCAACUCUACCAACCGCAGGCCGGGCAUUGGGUGUCUCCGCAGGCGCAGAUUUAUGCUCAAGGAGGGGGGUGGAGCAACCCAGGGACGCCUUAUUUGACGCCUCCCCAAUACUCCCAGCAGCAAACCCCGCAGCAAUAUGGGCAGUACUUUGACAUCAAUCCACAUGGUCGCAGUGCUGGUGCUAAGCGUUCGCCAUGA